GACACUUCAGACCGGAAACAGCUGUCAUGUAUCGGACUCCACUUCCGGUCUGCGUCAUUCCUCCCCCUCUCCGUCGCUCUCUCGCCCUCGCUCUCUCUCUUAUUCAGAUGAUGGACACUCAGAAGGAAGCUCUGUGCAGGAUCAUCAGCACGUUAGCCAAUAAGAAUGAAGAGCUCCAAAGCUUCCUGGAAGCAGUGGACAACACGCUCACCGGACUCCAGGAGGAGUCAUUAAAGGUGACUACAGAGCUAGAGGCGGAGCUUGAGCACCUAAGCUCCACCCUGGAGGAGACGGGGGCGGCGCUUCGUGAUGCCAUUAAAGAGGAGAAGCAGAGGAAGGAGGCGGGGCUUCAGAAGCAGAUGGCGGAGGGGGGGGCGGCUCUGCUCUCCUGUGAAGAACUCCUCGAAUUCGCAAAUCAGACGCUGACGAUCACCAACGAAGAAGAAUUCCUAAAAGCUGCAAAACAAAUCAAAGAAAGGGUAACCAUGGCUCCGGCGUUCCGGCUGACAACUCGUCCUGUGGCGUCGGAGAACAUGUCGCAAUUUAAUGUUGACUUCAGUGCGGAGAGGGCGGGGCUUCAACGGCUUCACUUCCUACCUGUACCCAGAGCUCCACAGAUCGACGUCUCCAGUUGCGUCGUCUGUGACAAUGACAUCACUGUUGCCUGGCAACCUGCCGGUGAGGCUGAGGGCGACGGCGAACGAAUUGAACGCUACGAACUUGAAUACCGGAAAACAAACCGGGACAACUCGCUGAGGGCGGCGGGAGAUGCAUGCUGGGAAAAAAUACUUGACAUCAGUGACACACGCGUCACCAUCUCAGGUCUGAAGUUUGAUACUCGCUUUGUUGUCGUUCGAGUCCGAGCGAAGAACAAAGCGGCCGCCGGCGAAUUCUCUGAGCCCGUCGCCGUGGAAACUAGAGCGUUUAACUUCGGCUUCGACGCGGUGACUGCGCACGCUGAGCUGAAGGUUCAGGGCGACACUGUGACCUGGGAGCCACAGGGGGUCAAAGGUCACGACCCCCGGCUGAGGGGAAAAGAGAACAAGAGCAGCAGCCGCAGCGCCACGCCGUCGCCCAAUAAGAGCGCGGGAAGUCGAGCAGGACGCGACCGAUUCGCCGGAGAAUCGUACACAGUGCUGGGUGACAUGGAGAUGGUCGCCGGCUGUCACUACUGGGAGCUCCGCCCCCUCGCCGACUGGAAGUCGUUCAGUCUAGGCGUGGCCUAUCGCGCCAGCCUGGGCCGCUUUGACCAACUGGGGAAGAGCGCCGGCUCGUGGUGCCUCCACGCCAGCCAAUGGCUGCAGAGCUCGCUGGCUGCGAAGCACAACAACAAGGCCAAGGCGCUCGAUUGGCCGCUCCCUCAGCGAAUCGGAGUCUACUGCGAUUACGACAACGGUGACCUGUCGUUCAUCGACGUGGAGCGACGGCGCCUCGUCCACUCCUUCAAAACAAAGUUUAGCCAACCGCUGCUUCCUGCCUUCACAGUUUGGUGCGGUGGAAUCACCAUAGUAACGGGCCUGCAGGUGCCGAGCUUCAUGGGUAAUUUCCUUUCAACCAAUCGGAGCCUCAGCAACCUGUCACAGUAGAUUGACUUCAUCACCUGCUUUCAUUUAGUUUUUGAUAAUUAUCAUUAAUUUAUUAAUUUUAUACAUUUGUAUUUAUUCAUUUUAAUACCAUGAAUUAUAUAUAUAUACAUAUAUAUACUUGGAUUUAUUCAUCAAAUAUGAACUGAAACUAUAAAAUGUGAAUUAAGAAGAUAUUUUGAUUAUUGUUAUCUGCUCUGUUUUGACAGUUUGGACCUCAAUCGAUAAUUGUAUUUCUGUGUGCUUUUACUUUGAAGAUGUAUUAAUAUUGUCUGUUAGCUCUGGCUUUUAUUUUGACUGAUUUAGUGAAACAGGAAAACAACAUCAGAAUUGCUGCUGUUUGUAAACUGUUUGUUCACCGGCAAAGUAAAGCUUUAUUCAAACAUUAAACGGCAGAAAAGAGACCAAGACCUCAGCGGCUUUCAGUGACGUGUUGUUUUUAAAUUUCAGAUUUAUUCUAAAGAUGGCAUCAGAAAGAAAGGCCUAUUUUCACUAGCUUUUAUUUUUAAGGCUGUCACAAGCUGUGGAUUAUGUUGUUGAUGAGAAAGCUGUCUGUUGAGUCUGUGUGAAAUACUUUUAUUAUGAAAUACUUAGAUUUACUGUUGUGCAUUCCUAGUGGAUUUUAUUUUGAAGGUUAUGAUAGAACUUUAUUCGUCACUUUGACCAAAUUACUGACUUUUAUUUUGAAAAUAGAAUUUAAAAUUGCACUUUCAUAGUUUUUUCCCUUGAUAUUGAGAAUCACAGUGAAAUCUGUUUUCCAUUCAAAAAAAUGAUAUCGGACCACGAAACCAAGCUCAUUUAUACUGAAAACAUUUAUUGGUUCAUAAAUCAGCUGUUUCAAAUGUUUUGUAGCAAACGUUUUGUCUAACUGUGAAACAAUAAAAUAAAGUUUACAACUGUGGAAAAUUGUA